GAGGCGGAUCACAGAGCGUUGGUGAAGAAACAAGGAAGGAAAAAGAUAAGAUUUUUAAGCUCCACAGACUGUGUUUGAGCUUCUACCUUCAAUUCUAUCACCAAUGGCCUCUGCUUCUCUACUCAAAUCCUCCCCUGUUCUCGACAAGUUCGAGUGGGUCAAGGGCCAAUCCCUCCGCCAGCCCGCCGUCUCCGUCGUCCGCUGCCACCCCACCGCCGCCCCCUCCACCCUCACCGUCCGCGCUGGCUCUUACGCAGAUGAAUUGGUCAAAACUGCCAAAACUGUAGCCUCUCCCGGGCGUGGAAUUUUGGCGAUGGACGAGUCGAAUGCGACCUGCGGGAAGCGGUUGGCGUCGAUCGGGUUGGAGAACACCGAGGCCAACCGUCAGGCCUACAGGACGCUGCUCGUGACGCCGCCGGACCUCGGCAAGUACAUCUCCGGUGCUAUCCUUUUCGAGGAGACGCUCUACCAAUCCACCGUCGACGGCGAGAAGAUCGUCGACGUUCUGGUGAGGCAGGGCAUUGUUCCAGGAAUCAAAGUCGACAAGGGGUUGGUGCCGCUGCCUGGUUCCAACAACGAAUCAUGGUGCCAAGGACUGGACGGCUUGGCUUCUCGUGCAGCUGCUUACUACCAACAGGGCGCUCGUUUCGCCAAAUGGCGCACGGUGGUGAGCAUCCCCAAUGGCCCAUCAGCCCUCGCCGUGAAGGAAGCCGCGUGGGGCCUUGCACGCUACGCUGCGGUCUCCCAGGACAAUGGGCUGGUUCCGAUUGUGGAGCCGGAGAUCCUGCUGGACGGCGACCACGGAAUCGACAGAACAUUUGAGGUUGCACAGAAGGUGUGGGCAGAGGUUUUCUUCUACCUCGCAGAAAACAAUGUCAUGUUCGAAGGAAUUCUUCUGAAGCCGAGCAUGGUUACUCCCGGCGCCGAGAGCAAAGACAAAGCUAGUCCCGAGAAAGUUGCGGAGUACACUUUGUCUCUCCUCAAGAGAAGAAUUCCUCCCGCAGUUCCCGGAAUCAUGUUUUUAUCAGGAGGGCAAUCUGAGAUCGAGGCGACGCUGAACUUGAAUGCGAUGAACCAAGCACCGAACCCGUGGCAUGUGUCGUUCUCGUAUGCGAGGGCACUGCAGAACACGUGCUUGAAGACAUGGGGCGGCCGGCCGGAGAAUGUGAAGUCGGCACAGGAUGCUCUGAUUCUCCGAGCUAAGGCGAACUCGCUCGCGCAGCUUGGAAAGUACACCGGCGAGGGCGAGUCCGAGGAGGCCAACCAGGGGAUGUUCGUGAAGGACUACUCAUACUGAGCUCUUCAGGGGAAACUUCUAUAGAAGAAAGAUGGAUGAUUCAUGAUGAUGAUGGGGUGAAUUUGGAGACUAAUUGCUCUGUUUAUUGUGUUUAUGAUGGUGCUUUUUAUAGCGAUUUCAAAAGAAGAAAAAGACUAUUUUUGUGUAAUUCUUAAUGUUAAUGUUAGCAGCUUAAUGAACAUUUUGUUGGUGAUGAUUUUGGUUUAGUUUUGUGCUCUUGUUAAUGCUAUGUAGUAUGUAAGAUGCUUCAAUUUGCAUUAUGAGCCUAUGAUAUAUAUAAUAAGGCUUUCUUUCCAAA